GCGGUGUAGCUGACACGUCAUAUGACUACCAUCAUGGCGGUAAGGUGAUGAGAUCAACAGGUCUGUCGACUCCGUUUUCUCUGUUUCAUCCUUCUUACGGACUCCUCCAGACUCCCUCCGACACCCUCCGGACAGUAGGGGGGACGGGGAAGGGUUGUGCGACGUUCCACAGCCAUGGGCAGCUGUUUGGGCAAACUGUUCGACAAGAAAAUACAAGUCAGAACGAGCUCUCCAUAUUUCACAUCAGGGUCAAGAAUUAACAUAGAGUUUGAAAACCUGAUAGAUGAGGAUGACAACGUAGACAGAGGAAGGGCCGUGACCAGGGAGGAGAUUGAUGCCCUAAAGCAGAAACGCUACAGCGACCUGGUUCAGCAACAGAGGACCAUAGAUGCUGAGCUAGAGGCUGAGCUACAGGAGCAGGAGGAGCAGCUGCGGAUCGAGGAGGAGGCGUUCUACGCGGCGCAGCGGGAAGCGGCGCGCAUCGCCAAGCAGCGGAAACUUCUGGACCAGCAACAGGCAGCUGCUAAGAAUGGACCCAAGGCGUGGGUCGGUGGCGACCAGGACGACUGGGAAGUGGCCGGAGGGGAGGAAGAUUUUGAGAAAUUCCUGGAAAGUGUCAAACAGAGAGCGCUCAGCACCAGGCAGAGUAUGGAGGGAGGUACAGAAGCCCCGCCCGGCGAUGAGGUGACCAAUGAGAAUGGAGACUCGACUUCUCUGGACCUGGAGUGGGAGAAUGAGGAGUUGGGAGCCGGAGCCCCUAAACUUUCCCCGGACGAAAUGGGUGAGGAGCUUCUGCGUCGGGCGCGCAGCAACACGGAGGUCGAGAUCCUGAAACUCAUCGUGGACGACCCCGACGAGAGGAGACGCCUGGAGAGCAACGUUUCCACGGAGAUGGAGUGGGACGACGACGAGUUCGUCUCCGCGGAAACCGUCGUUCCCUCACCGGUCAUGGAACACGUCGAACUGGCUGCAGAGCAUACUGGGAAGGAAGCGAGGCAUGCUGGGAAGCUGCAGGGGGAAGAUGGGAUAGGUUCAGAUGACAACCAGGACAGAUAAUGUGCUGAAUAAAUAAAUAAAUAAAUAAAUACAUAAAUACUGCACUGGUGUUUCCGAAGGAGACAAGCUGGAUCUACAAGGAAGCUGGAAAGUUGUGUUCUUUCUACCGAAUUAUGUUUGGGACGUCUCGAAGGUUUUUUCUACCGAAUUAUGCUUGGGACGUCUCAAAGGUUUUUUCUACCGAAUUAUGCUUGGGACAUCUCAAAGGUUCUUUGUCAAAGCUUAACGCCUUCACGUAGUGCAGUGCAAUGUUGUUGUUGUCUUUUUGUUAUGUUUGUAAAGGCCUACUUUCUGUUAGCCGUAACAUAAUACCGCUGCAGUACAGAUCUGAAUUACUGCUUAUCUAGAUGUGUGCAAAAUGCUUGGAGAUCUCAUAUCAGUGGUUUCGUUGGGAAUGUUAAUGGUGUAACAGAGUGCAGGAACUGACUGAUCUGACUCAAUGAACCAGUUUGGUCUGCCAGUGGCCAUAUUUUGGGUUGAUAUUUGGAUGGAAUAGGAAGCCAGAGCCCGUAUGCUCUUAAGAAGUGUGCAAACUUUUGAGACAUCCCCCAAGACGUUGCUAGAAUCAGACGUUUUUGUUUAUUUCGGUACCCUUUAGAAGGCUAAGACCUUCCAGGAUUGAGAAACUGUGGAGCUCAUUCCAGUCUUGGUGCCUUCAGACGCUGCAAGUAGAACCCCGGCCUGCGAUGACGGGGGGUUAGCGUGGCA